AAUCCCAGCUCGUAUACAGCUUUUAUACGAGCUAGUGCACUACGACCACGAACCCAUUAUUUAUUGCAGAUGAACGAAUUGGAAAAAAAUUUACUCGACAGUGAUGAAGCAGUUGUAGGUACUAACGAUGAGGCAACACAUUGCAAGAGUUCUGCUGUCCAUAAGGGAUAUUAUGAUGAUACUUUUAUACAAAGUUUUUGUAAAAGCACAAAAGCUAAACCUCCAGAAAUAAACAUGGGAUAUUAUAUUAGGGUAUAUGUAAUCAAAUGCAUGAUCGAAUAUUUUAUAAAACUUUUUGGACAAGAGGCACAAAUUAUCAGCUUGGGUGCAGGAUUUGAUACAACAUAUUGGAGAUUGAUGAAAAGUCAACUUAAAUUUAGAAAAUAUGUUGAGAUUGACUUGCCAUUAGUGGUUUAUAAAAAGGCUCAUAUUAUUAGCCAUAAUAUUAACUUACAACAAUAUUUAACAAAUAUAAUGGAUUGUAACAAAAUUACAUUAAACAAAAAAAAUACAAAUGUUUCUAAUAAUCCACAAGGAAAUUUAAAACCAUCUUAUCAGGCUCAUCAUAAAAGUUCAGUUACUUCUCAAGAUCAUGAAAUACAUUCAGAUAACUAUGAUCUUCUUAGUAUAAAUCUUAGAGACAUAAAUAUGGUGGAUAAAAAAUUUUUGGAAUUAAAUGAUCCUCUAAAUUCAAAUUUUAUUGACUUUAGUAAGCCAACCUUAUUUUUAGCUGAAUGUGUUUUGGUUUAUAUGGAAAAUUCAGAGGCAGAUUCAUUGUUGAAAUGGAUAGUUUCCAGAUUUAAAUCCACAAUUUGUUUUUUGAAUUAUGAACAAGUAAAUAUGGGUGAUAAUUUUGGUUUAAUAAUGCAGGAUAACUUGAAGAAUCGAGGUUGCUGUCUUUUAGGCGUUGAUCAAUGUUUAAAUGAAAGUUCUCAGAGAAAUCGCUUUUUAAAUGUGGGUUGGGAUUCUGUUCAAGUUGAUUCAAUAUUAAAAUUAUUUUAUUCGAUGCCAGACCUAGAAAAGCACAGGAUUUUAAAUCUCGAAUUUUUGGAUGAAAAAGAAUUGCUGUAUCAAUUGCUCGAUCAUUAUUGUUUAUGUUGGGCUUGUAAAAAUGUUUGUUACGAAAAUGUAGAGUCCAAAGAUAUUAACAAAAAGAUGCAAACCACUAUAUCUCAAGGAACUUCGUUUUAGAGUGCCCAAAAUUAUUCAUUAUUAUAAUCUAAUUAUAUAAUAUAAUCGAUUGAUUUAAAAAAAAUACUAUGUCAAUUAUUUUAUUAAUAAUAAUAUAACAUU